AUGAAUACCCGAGCCAGGUCGUCCGCUCCGUCCGAUCUGCUCAAGGAGUUCCAAGCGAAUCUGCGGGGCAGUUGGAAACAAGAAACAUUUUGUGGCCGUUACUAUAUCAAGACCGGCCAACUCCAGGAAUGGAUGGCAUCCGUGGGAGAAGGGCAAAAGGCCACGAACUUGAAACGACUCCUUACCGAAGUCUGGCGCCCGAGACCCAAUGCGACCUUUAUACCAACGGCUGAACAUGUCUCCAGCAGCGAUGGCUGCGCCGUCAUCGUCUUCAGUGUCCUCCUUGACAUUGGCUACGGACACCUCCUGGACCUCUUCCGCCUUGCCAAUAUAACUGACGCUAGUCUGAGUACUACAUCGACGGAGCACCACUACAAGUAUCUGGAGCAGUACUUGACACGCGCCAAUAUCUCCGAACCAGAUACCGUUAUCGACGCUUUUGAAAAAAGAAAGUGGUUCUUCUGCCCUGUGCUUCUCAAACGACGGAUGCACGGGGACUUUGGUGGAAUGUGUAUCUUUCCAUACUACAAACGUCAGCCUGUCAAUGGCAAGGGUGGAACAGCAGAGGUGUUCCAAGUUCUCGUCCCCGCUGAAUGCAUCGCCGAGGAUUUGAAGCAAUUUCUUCGGGCAUCAAUGGUUGAAUACAAAGACAAAGGAAAGUUCUAUGAGUUGGCGUUGAAAUCCUACGGCUCUGAGAAUCGAGCAAUGUUUGAAUGGGAGAUGGACGCCUUCGCCGGCCUGGAGGACCAAAAAGGUAUGGUUCGCUAUAUCGGCCACUAUUCUUAUGAGGAAACCCCGGGACGGUACACCUAUAACAUCCUACUCGAAUUCGGAGAGCUUGACUUGGACGAAUUCUUUGCACACGAGUUCUCGAGCCCCCCAGUGCGGUCCCCUGAGAUCAUCUCAUUCUGGGAGUCGUUGUUCCAAGUCGCAGAGGCACUGCAACGCAUACACAAUCUCGAAAUCGACCGGGACGGUGAAACAGAGGAAUACUAUGGCUGGCACGCCGAUGUCAAGCCAGACAAUAUCUUGAGGGUUCAUGGCGAAUUCAAACUGGUUGACUUUGGGUUCACCAAGUUCAAGAAAAAAGGGAGUCAAGCCAUUCCUAUGGAGUAUAUGGAUGGCGGCACUCAGAGUUAUGGCGCCCCUGAGACAGAUCAGUCACGGUUCAAGACACGCACCCCUCAUGGUCAGACCAUUGACACUUGGUCUUUUGGAUGUGUGCUAUCUCGUGCAGCAACCUGGGUCAUCCUGGGCCAGCAGGGAAUACUCCAGUACGACUUUAUCAGAAAAGCAGCCAUUAAACGCCUCCGAGACCGGCGACAGGCUGACCCAACGGCCAGUACCGCAUGUCCAACGGCCCAUGACGCUUUCCACAAUGGUCGGAAAGUGUUGCCAGAGGUUCUUCAAUGGCAUCACUAUCUGCGGAGCAUAGUGCGCACUUCGGACAACAUCUCUUGCCGGGUACUUGACCUUGUGGAAGGACACAUGCUGUUGGAAAGCCCUGGACACCGAGUCAGCUCUGCAAAGCUAUGUGAAGAGCUAGACGACAUCGUGUCUGUCGCCAAAUUCAAAGUUGAUCGAGACGAGCGCGGCAAACGUGUCGCGGAUUCGCUCCUCACAGACCUGUACAACUUUGACAAGGAGGCACCGGCCAACGCAGCUCAGGCCAGCCAGCCAAAGCAUGCCAAAUCGAUCAAGACGUCUGGACGCAUAGGCAAGUCGCAGCGACUUGACAAUAUACCUCCAGCGAAAACAGCCCAUCGUGCAGAGAUGUUGACCGAGGAAUUACAAAUCUUGGGAGAGCAAAGUCCCGCACUUCUACAAGCAUCGCCGCAGCCCCAUCUCAGAAGCGGCUCCUCAUAUCUUGACGGCUUGCAGGUGCAUGAGAGUCCACGUGGCUAUAUAGAUAGCCACGACGAUGUAAACUCUGUGUCACCCCUUCGACUAUCUCCCUCAUCAAAAUCCAAUGGAACUGCUGUCAAAUCCGACCAUGGCUCCUGGAGACCAUCUGAAUUGGAGCCGAUGUCUCGUCAUACAUCUGGUCAGGCCGUGGAGGAUCCUGACAGCACCGGUGUAGGCCCAGCGGAGCAAGUCAGAGACGAUGUUCACGGGAAGGCACGUUUUGAUGACAGAAGAAGUAUGUCGCAAAGCGAGAAAGCGUGGGGGAAGAUGCCCCUGUAUGAACCACUUGUUCAGGCCCCCGGAGACCAGCAGCAUCAUUUCAGCAAAGUCCCAUCUUAUACUCCCGAGAAACCGCCGGACGUGGCAGCAGAAGAACUGUCAACUUCGAGGCGGCGGGAUUCCAAGCUCGAGACAACACAGUCUCUCGAGCUUGCUACCUCUUCGAUCUCAUUUGCCGAUCUAUACGCCGCUCCGCCCGUGCCGACUCCAUUAUAUGGCCACUAUGAUAUCCAGCGUGUCAGGAUGGAGCUAGAACAUGGGCGUAGUCGCCUCACUCGCAAGUUCAAGGUGGACAAGUACUUGAAGGAUUUCAUCGUCGACCGAGACAUGAAAUUCAUCAUCGACAACGGCUCCAGCAUGCGUCGUUUCUGGUUUGCAGCGACGUAUGUCUUGGUAACCCUGGCCAUGAAGCUUGCUCCCCUCGAUGACGAUGGCCUGGACGUGGUUUUCACCAGCGGGCCUCAACGACCAUACAAUGAAAAGGGGCAAAAAGCUGCCAAAGCCUUUGCGAGCCUGAUGGAGGAGAAAACACCGACGAUACCCCUAGACGCCGCCUCAGAGGUCAAGACAGAUAUGACGGAGACGCUCGGGGUGGUAUUUGACGAAUACCUGCGAAGCUACAAGAACAAACGCAUGACUCUCCUAGUGCUCACCGACGGCCUUUGGAGAGGCACCAAGGCCGAGAACCCAGUCGAGGUCAAGAUUGCCAAAUUCCUGAAAAGGGCUCUCAACGGGAACCAUAUGGAGGACCGACGAUUCAGCAUCUCGUUUAUCCGGUUUGGCGACUAUCCAGAGGCGAUUGCCCAACUGUCGAGGCUGGAUGAUGACUUUUCCAAGAUCUACGAUGUCCCGUAA